AACCAAAAACAAACAUACAGCCAGAUGCCUCUGGAAUUCAACCACACAACUCACCAGGGAGACAUAUUUUUAGGUUAGUUCAGAACUGAAUUCUCUUAAAGGAAUAUACUUUUGUGGUUGUGUUUGAGAGUAGUUGAAAUAAGUCCUAAACGUGUGUUUGAUGUAUACCUGGAUGUUGACACUGCUCGUCCUGAGCCUGGGGUUGGGGCAUGCUCAGAGGUCCACCCAGGAAGCCUUCAUGAUGCAGUAUUUUGAGAGGAGGAUUGCCCAACUUGAGGAGCGUCUGAUCAAAUGUGAGCAGAACACCCAGCAGGUGGACCAGAAGAUCUAUGACCUGUCUACAAAGGUGCGUGGCCAGCUGGCUAUCAUGGAGGUGCACCGAACGGAGGUAAAGACUCAGGUGGAUAAUGUAGCCAUGCGGGUGGAGCGAGUGGAGAGGGACGUGGAGUACCUGGAGAAUAAGACCCCUAACCAGCCCCACAUCGAGGUAGAGGAGGCCCUGAUGGAACAGCAGAUGAAAGACACCCAGAAGAAAAUAGUAAAGAUCACACUGGGGACAGACUGCAACAUAGCUCUCACUGGUGUGAAGUCUCUGAAGAUAGUGAAGAAAGCAGGGGACGUCUAUGGAUCCUGGCUGAAAGACCCUACUAAGGGCUCUGCCAAAAUCUAUUUCUUCAGCGGGAAUAAGAACAACACCGUACUGGAGUUUAAAUCCCUGAAGACCUUCACUGAGGGAAGGCUCGCCCAGGCUCAUCCAAUUCAGCUCCCCUUUCCCUGGCAGGGAACUGGCCAUGUGGUCUACAAUGGCUUUCUGUACUAUCACAGGGCAGACACACCCAACCAGAUCUUAAAGGUGCAUCUCCUCAACCGCACUGUGGCCGACAGUAUGCUGCUGCCCGGGGUUGGCCGCCUGCCUACCUACGCCCUCACCACGCACACCUUCCUGGACCUGGCUGUGGACGAACUGGGCCUGUGGAUCAUCUACUCUGACCCAGAGUUUGGGGGCAACCUGGUGAUCACCAAGCUGGACAAGAGCAGCCUGGCUGUGGAGCACACCUGGGACACCACCUGUACGAGCCGUGACGCCGAGUCAGCAUUCAUGAUCUGUGGAACGCUGUACGUGGUGUAUAACUCCCGCUACGGAGGGCGCUCCAGCAUUCAGUGCCUGUACGAUAUCCACGACACCAUCCACAGUGAGGAGAGCCCUGUGCUGUUCUUUCCUAAACGCUACACCAACCACUACAGUAUGCAUUACCACCCCAAGGACAAGCAGCUGUAUGCCUGGGACGACGGCUACCAGACCAUCUACAAAGUGGACCUCAAGAGCAAGGCUGAAGUCUGACAUGAGUCUACAUUAAACACUUAUCAGUCAUAGAACCACAGGCAUAUUCAAAACAUAACUAAUUAACAAUGUCCAUAUUCUUAUCAUAAUAGCCAACAAUAAUCAAUUUAAGUUGAGGUAACACAAUACAGUUUACUCAAGGCCCAUAUUUUCACGUGACUUUCUGCAAGAUUAUAAUAAACUGCAUUUAAAAAGUUGUCUUUCUGGGAGCAAUGUAGUGGUCAGAUGGUUCUUAGUACAAUGUAGUGGUCAGAUGGUUCUUAGUACAAUGUAGUGGUCAGAUGGUUCUUAGUACAAUGUAGUGGUCAGAUGGUUCUUAGUACAAUGUAGUCAGAUGCUUCUUGGAGGUACAGUGACUGAAAAUACAUUUUGUCAAUAUGGCACUGUUGAACUAAAUGAGGUGAGAGAGCUCUCCCAAAACAGUAGCUUUUUGCAUAGCCAUACAUGUUUAUGGAGCAACUUUUAUGACCCUGCUGAACACAUCAUAGCUCUAAAGAUGGGAUGUGCCUGUAAAGUAAUGAAAACAACUAAAUCUGACAUUUCCACAAACUGAUGGUACUAUUCUAUUAACAGACAAACCAUAUUUUCCUAUUCCUGUUCCUAUAAUAAUUUUGAUAUGAGCUUAUGUUCUUUGUGGUGACUUUGAAAGGCAGUUCAUGACAUGUUAUUAUUGGUGUAUGUAUAUGGCAUAGCAACCACGUGAACAGGCUAAUUGAGUAUGGGCCAAGUGUAGUCAAAUGAGAUUAGGUAGCUAGUAAUAGAGCCCCACAGUUGGUGUCAUAAUACCCAUAAAACCCGAGUGGUCAAACAGGCAAAUGGUUCCAAUCGUUUUUCCACCAUUCAUUAUUCCCAUAGGGAAUUUUAGAAACACUUGGCUAGGCAUACUCUGGCAUGAUGUUUUGAUAACUAUGUAAAUCACUCUCACAAGGUGCCUUGUAUCAAUAUAUAAUAAACUCAUUUACUCUCAGAUUAAAAAAUGCAAAUUAGCAUCAAAGUAAACAUCAUGCAAGACUACAAAUCCCUGCAAGCUCCUGCACGUCAUCUCUAGUUGACACCUUUGCUAACAGGUAUUGUGUCAAUUUAAAACUUGCACAAGACAGUUCAAAGAAAUGUCAGUUUAAAGAAUGUGUAUUUAUUCAUUACUAAAUGCGUUACUAAAUUAAAAUAAAAGUAUAUGUUAAUCCAGAGAUUCUUACCUUUGCCUUGAUUCGGCAGUCUCGUCCAAAUUAUCAUGGCAUUUGUAGUUCUUUAUGAUAGCCACAUAAACAGCUAAUUAGCAUUUAAUUUUGGGGGGGUAGAUACAGGCGACUGUUUUGAUAAAUCACCUUGUCCUAGAGAGAGUCGUCACGCCAGGUAAUCCCAUAUGGGAAAAAAUGUAUGGUGGAAAACGAUAGAACAAUUUCCUUGUUUGACCGCUAGGUUUUAUGGGUAUUAUGACUCAUACUGUGGUAAUCUAACCUGAGAUAUUUUUGCUGUUUUUUUGUAAAACUAUGCUUGUCUCACUUAUAAUCAGCAGAUGGCACUGUUGUCAAGAACUUCAGCACAAACGCCAGUGAGCCAAGCGUCCAAAUGAUAGGCUGGCUAUAUGUUUUAGUCCUUCAGUCCUAGGGUAUAUAAUACUGUGCACGUGCUGGGCCAUGGCAGACUCAACCAGGUGAGAUAAAAAUUUGCACAGGUAAAUGGGACCCCCCCCCCCCCCCCCC